CACCACCCAGCAGAGUAAAUAAACGCAGAGUUCCUCCAAGCGUUGUUUCCACCUGGGAAAAGAGAGGCAUCAUCAUGUCUAACAUUACAAUUGAUCCAGACGUCAAACCUGGCGAGUAUGUCAUCAAAAGCCUCUUUGCUGAGUUUGCUGUUCAAGCUGAAAAGAAAAUUGAAGUUGUAAUGGCUGAACCUUUGGAAAAGCUCUUGUCCAGAUCUCUUCAAAGAGGUGAAGAUCUUCAGUUUGAUCAGUUGAUAAGCUCUAUGAGCUCAGUAGCAGAGCACUGUCUCCCCUCCUUAUUACGCACCUUGUUUGACUGGUACAGGCGUCAAAAUGGAACAGAAGAUGAGUCUUAUGAAUACAGACCUCGUUCUAGCACAAAAUCAAAGGGGGAUGACCAACAACGUGAAAGAGAUUAUCUACUUGAAAGGAGGGACUUAGCUGUAGAUUUCAUUUUUUGUUUAGUUUUAAUAGAGGUUCUAAAACAGAUACCUGUUCAUCCAGUGCCAGAUCCUUUAGUACAUGAAGUUCUAAACUUGGCUUUUAAGCACUUUAAACAUAAGGAAGGGUAUUCAGGAACCAACACUGGGAAUGUGCAUAUUAUUGCAGACUUAUAUGCAGAAGUGACAGGAGUUCUUGCUCAAUCAAAGUUUCAAGCUGUUAGGAAGAAGUUUGUCACUGAAUUAAAGGAACUGCGACAAAAAGAACAGAGCCCUCAUGUAGUACAAAGUAUCAUCAGUUUGAUUAUGGGAAUGAAGUUUUUUCGAGUAAAGAUGUAUCCUGUGGAGGAUUUUGAAGCAUCAUUUCAGUUCAUGCAGGAGUGUGCUCAAUACUUCCUGGAAGUAAAAGAUAAAGAUAUAAAGCAUGCACUUGCUGGUUUGUUUGUGGAAAUUCUCAUCCCUGUGGCUGCUGCUGUUAAAAAUGAAGUGAAUGUGCCAUGUUUGAAAAAUUUUGUGGAGAUGCUUUAUCAGACUACCUUUGAAUUGAGUUCAAGAAAGAAGCAUUCACUGGCUUUGUAUCCAUUGAUCACCUGCCUGUUGUGUGUCAGUCAGAAACAGUUUUUUUUAAAUAACUGGCACGUUUUCCUGCAGAACUGUUUGUCACAUCUAAAGAUGCCAUCUAACAACAGUAUCAGAAAACAAAUAGAAACACUGCAGAAUAAAGAUCCCAAAAUGUCUCGAGUUGCACUGGAAUCUUUGUAUAGGUUGUUGUGGGUCUAUGUUAUUAGAAUAAAAUGUGAAAGCAACACUGUAACACAAAGCCGUCUCAUGAGCAUUGUUUCAGCACUUUUUCCAAAAGGAUCUCGUAGUGUGGUCCCACGAGAUACACCUCUGAAUAUAUUUGUGAAGAUUAUUCAGUUCAUUGCUCAGGAACGUUUGGAUUUUGCAAUGAAAGAAAUAAUAUUUGAUCUUCUUAGUGUUGGAAAAUCACCUAAAACCUUCACUAUUAAUCCAGAGAGGAUGAAUAUUGGCCUCAGAGUCUUCCUUGUCAUAGCAGAUAGCUUGCAGCAGAAAGAUGGUGAACCACCAAUGCCAACAACAGGAGUUGUUCUUCCCUCAGGAAAUACUCUGCGUGUGAAGAAAAUUUUUCUUAAUAAAACGCUGACAGAUGAGGAAGCAAAAGUUAUUGGAAUGUCCAUAUACUACCCUCAAGUCAGAAAAGCGCUAGACAGCAUUCUCAGGCAUUUGGACAAAGAAGUGGGAAGGCCCAUGUGCAUGACUAGUGUGCAGAUGUCCAAUAAAGAACCUGAAGACAUGAUUACGGGUGAGAGAAAACCUAAGAUAGAUUUGUUCAGAACUUGUAUUGCUGCUAUCCCAAGACUGAUUCCAGAUGGCAUGAGUAGGACUGACCUCAUUGAAUUGCUUGCAAGGCUGACAAUUCAUAUGGAUGAAGAACUUCGUGCCUUGGCUUUCAAUACUCUCCAAGCAUUAAUGCUUGAUUUUCCAGAUUGGCGGGAAGAUGUUCUUUCAGGAUUUGUGUAUUUUAUUGUGCGUGAAGUGACUGACGUCCACCCAACGCUUCUUGACAAUGCAGUAAAAAUGUUAGUGCAGCUCAUAAAUCAGUGGAAACAAGCAGCCCAAAUGCACAAUAAAAACCAAGAUUCUCAGCGUGGUGUAUCCAAUGGGGCUGCCCAUACCCUUCCUUUGGAGAGGACCCUUUAUUCCAGUGUAUUUCAUGUGGUGGAAGGUUUUGCUUUGGUCAUCCUUUGCAGCACAAGGCCUGCCACCAGGAGAUUAGCUGUCAGCGUUCUCAGAGAAAUAAGGGCCUUGUUCACACUUUUAGAAAUUUCUAAGAGUGAUGAUGAGUUGGCUAUAGAUGUAAUGGACAGACUAAGUGCUACUAUCCUGGAGAGUUUCAUACAUCUCACUGGGGCUGACCAGACUACUUUACUGUACUGUCCCAGUUCAAUAGAUUUGCAGACUCUGGCUGACUGGAAUUCCUCCCCAAUCAGCCACCAGUUUGAUGUGAUCAGUCCGUCACAUAUAUGGAUAUUUGCACAUGUGACUCAAGGCCAAGAUCCAUGGAUUAUAAGCCUCUCAAGUUUUAUGAAACAGGAAAAUCUUCCAAAACACUGCCCAACAGCUGUAAGCUAUGCUUGGACGUUUGCUUAUACUCGACUCCAACUGCUGUCUCCACAAGUGGAUAUAAACAGCCCUAUCAAUGCAAAGAAAGUGAAUACUACUACAAGCAGUGACUCCUAUAUUGGGCUCUGGAGAAACUACCUGGUUCUUUGCUGCAGUGCAGCAUCUUCUUCAAACUCCUCCACCUCCACAGGCUCUGUGAGAUGUUCCCCUCCUGAGACGCUGGCGUCUACUCCUGACAGUGGUUAUAGCAUUGAUUCAAGAAUCAUUGGCAUUCCAUCCCCUUCCUCCCUGUUUAAGCACAUAGUUCCAAUGAUGCGCUCUGAGAGCAUGGAAAUUACAGAAUCCCUUGUGCUGGGACUUGGCAGGACCAACCCAGGAGCUUUUAGAGAACUAAUAGAAGAAUUACAUCCUAUAAUUAAGGAAGCACUUGAAAGAAGGCCAGAGAACAUGAAACGGCGCAGGCGUCGAGAUAUUUUACGAGUACAACUAGUACGAAUAUUUGAACUGUUGGCAGAUGCUGGUGUCAUUAGUCACAGUGCAAGCGGUGGCCUUGAUAACGAAACACAUUCCCUCAACAACACUUUACUUGAGUACGUUGAUCUAACAAGACAACUCCUAGAAGCAGAAAAUGAAAAGGAUUCUGAUACAUUGAAAGAUAUCCGAUGCCAUUUUAGUGCCUUAGUGGCGAAUAUAAUUCAAAAUGUUCCAGUACACCAGAGAAGAAGUGUCUUUCCGCAACAGAGUCUACGCCACAGUCUAUUUAUGUUGUUCAGUCAUUGGGCAGGUCCUUUUAGUAUCAUGUUUACUCCCCUGGACAGAUACAGUGAUAGGAACAUGCGAAUAAAUAGACACCAAUACUGUGCAUUAAAGGCCAUGUCUGCUGUACUGUGUUGUGGCCCUGUUGCAGAUAACGUCGGGCUCUCAUCUGAUGGCUAUUUAUACAAAUGGCUGGAUAAUAUUUUGGAUUCACAAGAUAAAAAGGUUCAUCAGCUAGGCUGUGAGGCAGUCAUGCUGCUCUUGGAACUCAACCCCGACCAGAGUAACCUCAUGUACUGGGCCGUAGACCGGUGUUACACAGGUUCCAAGCGGGUAGCAGCUGGCUGUUUUAAAGCCAUAGCCAGUGUGUUCCAAAACAGGGAUUACCAGUGUGAUACAGUGACCCUCCUGAAUCUGAUACUAUUUAAAGCAGCUGAUUCUACUAGGGCUAUCUAUGAAGUUGCUAUGCAACUAUUACAGAUCUUGGAACCAAAGAUGUUCCGUUAUGCUCAUAAACUGGAAGUUCAGCGGACGGAUGGGGUUUUGGGUCAGCCUUCUCCUUUACCACAUCUGUAUUCUGUGUCAUAUUACCAACUGUCAGAAGAAUUAGCAAGGACUUAUCCUGAACUAACACUUGCUAUCUUCUCAGAAGUAAGUCAGAGAAUCCAAACGGCUCACCCAGCUGGGAGACAGGUGAUGCUGCAUUAUCUGCUGCCAUGGAUGAACAACAUUGAGUUGGUAGACUUGAAACCUUUGCCAACGAUUCAUCGGCAAGAUGAAGAUGAAGAUGAUUCUUUGAAAGACAGAGAAAUAAUGGUGAACAGUAGACGAUGGCUACGAGGAGAAGGCUGGGGGUCACCACAGGCUACAGCUAUGGUUCUGAACAAUCUGAUGUAUAUGACUGCAAAGUAUGGUGAUGAAGUGGCUUGGUCAGAGAUAGAAAAUGUCUGGACAACUUUGGCAGACAGCUGGCCAAAGAAUCUGAAAAUAAUUUUGCACUUCUUAAUCAGUAUCUGUGGAGUGAACAGUGAACCCAGCCUUCUGCCUUAUGUAAAGAAAGUUAUAGUUUAUUUGGGUAGAGAUAAAACAAUGCAACUACUAGAAGAGCUGGUGAGUGAACUUCAGCUUACAGAUCCCGUCAGUUCCGGAGUCACCCAUAUGGAUAAUCCACCAUAUUACCGAAUUACUUCCAGUUACAAGAUCCCCUCUGUCACUUCAGGUACCACUUCUAGUAGCAAUACAAUGGUAGCUCCCACAGAUGGCAACCCUGACAGUAAACAUGUAAAAGACAAUAUUGAAGAGAACUACGCACAUCUAGACAUCUACAGUGGGUUGAACAGUAACUUAAACCGCCAGCACCACAGACUAGAAUCUCGCUACAGCAGCAGCUCUGGAGGGUCAUAUGAAGAGGAA